AGAAUUUUUGCAGAGUGAAUUUUUGGGUCUUCAGUGUACAAAACUCUGGGACAAAAGUUUGCAGGGUGAAAUCCUGAUCCAGAGAUUGUGGCAUUUUUGGGCAAUUGAUUAAAUGAAGUCAACCUAACAAGAGUUUUGGUAAGGAAAUCCCUAAAGCCUCUGCCAGCUGUUCACUUCCAUGCUUUCCCUUGGAAUACACGGCUGAAUCCAGGCCAAAAUAUUCUCAUCCUACAUCAGAAGUGGCACUUUAUUGUGUUUAAUAUGUUUAUUCACUAUGUGGCUUUGCCUUUGUGAGAGUCAGGGAGAUAAAAUUUGCUUUUCUGGAUCUUCCUUGAAAUAAAGGCUAAAAUGGAUCCCCAGUUCGAGGAGAAAGCUUCUGUGGGAUCCUUUUGCCAAAGUGCUGGCAUCUUGUCACUGCCCAUCUGAGUUACUCAUUAGCUCGGUUUGAAAUCCAUGUGAGAAUAGUUUAAAGAAUAAAAUCAAGGAAUUGGUGUUAAAAUGUCACCAGACACAGCUUUCUUUCCAAAGUUCUCUCUUUUAUCUGUGGAUAUAAAUUGUCUCCCUGGAAUUAGGAAGCUCGAGGUGCUCUGCAAGGUCAAUUAUCUUUGAGCUCCCUCAAGUGGCAAUGAAACCUUGGGGUUUGUCACUGGAACCCUCGAGUUUUUUACAAAACCCCUCGAGUUUGUCACUGAAAUCCUUGAGUUGGUCACAGAAACUCUCAAAUUUGUUGCACAACUGCUUUUCCAGCAAAGCCCUGUAAUUUAAGACCAUGUUUUUCACAGCUGCUCUGGUAAACUGAGACGCUCAUAUUUCAAGGAAUCGCAGCCAGUUUAGAGCAGUUGAAAAGGAUUCAUUUAAUAACACAGUUCUGUUUAGACCGGUCUCUGAAAAGACACGAAUCAAGUGAAAUGAAGCGUUUCACGUCCAAGAGCAGCUGGCAGCUGAUUCACAACGUGAUACCUGCAUGUUUUGAGAAGUUAUUUUGACUUUCUUCUAUGGUUCCUUAGCAAAUUCAUGACAGAGUAGCUGGACGGUGAAAUGUCUUGGCUCAGCACAUCAGGCAGCUACUUCUGCUACGACAACCCGGCCGCUCUGCAGACGCAGGUUCAGCGGGACAUGAAGGUGAACACAGCCCAGUUCAUGGCACUCUAUGCCUGGUACUCCUGGCCCAAUGUGGUUCUGUGCUUCUUUGGAGGUUUCCUGAUAGACAGAGUGUUUGGAAUUCGGCUGGGCACUAUAAUAUUCAGCAUCUUUGUGUGUGUUGGGCAGGUGGUGUUUGCUCUGGGGGCACUGUUUAACACUUUCUGGCUGAUGGAAGUGGGCAGAUUCAUAUUUGGGAUAGGUGGUGAGUCCCUGGCAGUGGCCCAGAACACGUAUGCAGUGAGCUGGUUCAAGGGCAAGGAGUUAAACCUGGUGUUUGGAUUGCAGCUCAGCAUGGCCAGAAUUGGGAGCACGGUGAACAUGAAUAUCAUGGGAUGGAUCUACUCCAGAGUUCAGGAUCUCCUGGGCUAUGCUGGCCCCAGCACCCUCGGCCUGGCUCUCCUGAUAGGUGGUGUCACUUGUCUCUUCUCACUGAGCUGUGCUUUAAUCCUGGCUUACCUGGACAGGAGAGCAGAAAAACUGCUUUGUAAAGAGCAAGGGAAAACAGGAGAAGUGAUCAAGCUCACAGAUGUGAAGGAUUUCUCCCUGUCCUUGUGGCUCAUCUUUGUCAUCUGUGUCUGUUACUAUGCAGCAGUUUUCCCUUUCAUCGGCCUUGGGAAGGUUUUCUUUAUUGAAAAAUUCAGAUUUUCCCCCCAGGAAGCCAGUGCAAUUAACAGCGUUGUGUACAUCAUCUCAGCCCCCAUGUCCCCAGUCUUCGGCCUUCUGGUGGAUAAAGUUGGCAAGAACAUCAUCUGGGUUCUGUGUGCUGUCAUCACCACGCUGGCCUCGCACAUCAUGCUGGCCUUUACCUUCUGGAACCCCUGGAUAGCCAUGUGCCUGCUGGGAGUGGCCUAUUCCCUGCUGGCCUGUGCCCUGUGGCCCAUGGUGGCCUUUGUCGUCCCAGAACACCAGCUGGGAACUGCCUAUGGCUUCAUGCAGUCCAUCCAGAACCUGGGCCUGGCAGUGAUUGCCAUAGCAGCUGGCAUGAUCCUGGACACCAGGGGAUACCUGUUCCUGGAAGUCUUCUUCAGUGCCUGUGUUUGCUUGUCACUGAUAGCUGUGGUCAUGCUGUACUUUGUGAAUCACCUCACAGGUGGUGAUCUCAACUGGUCUGCAAAGAAAAGGGCAAAACUGCAAAAAGCUGCUGCUUCUGAAGCAGAAGAGCAGGAGAGGCUCAGACGGCAGAACGAAGAUGAUUUGGCAAAAUUGCUGCCAAAAGCUGAUGCCUUUAGUUUAAGGAAUAAAUACCUGUCCAGACUUGGAGCUCAGCUCCCAGCUCAUUACUCCUCCUGUUUAUCGACCCUGGCCCACAGGAGUGUGUUGAAAUAGCACCUUGGCCUCUGGAAAAGCAGGAAUGCACUGAAUUUCCUGGGACACAGAGCCCAGCACAAGCAGAUGCUCCGUGCUUUGCUGCAAGCCUAGAUCCUAGAUUUCAAAUAUUGGCUAAAUCUCCUCCUUCCUGGGCAAUUCAGAGAUCCUGAUGGGAAAUUCUGGCUCUGGUGGAACCUCUGAGUACCUGCUCCAGCCUCCUGUCUCAAAUACUCCGUGAGUAGCUGAGUCAGUGGCCAGGAUUGGAUCUCCGGGUGUGAAAUGGGAAAAUUCCCUAAUUAAAUUGCUGGGAUGAGCCUGGAUGGAAGUGGGGCUUUUCCAGCCUCUCCUCUUGGACGCCUUGGUUGCUCUGUUCCAUGUUUCUGGGAGGAAAAGGUAAGGAGAAACUCCCAAGUGAGUAUUUCAGAGGAAACUCCACUUCCAGAAGUACCAAAAGUGCUAACCCUGGAAUUCAUCCCAGCUCAGGAGCAGCAAUAACCUCUACAAGCCCUGAAUCUUGUGAAAACUGAUAUAUUUUUAAGAGUUUGUGACUAAAAACUGCAAAAAGAGUUAAAGCAAGAACUGAAUUUUGCUUGCAGAGGGAAAAGCCUUCAGUUCCCUGGUGAAACUCAGCAUUUUCCCAUCGUUUUCAAUGGAAGGCUCCUUGCUGAACAGGGAGUUCCCAGAGCUCCUGCAGAGUGCAUUUUGCCUUGGUUUAAUUACUCCUCAAGGUAAUGAGGGAUAAUUUAUCCAAAGUGAGCUGAUCUUGCUUUAAAGGGCAGGGGCAGGGGGUUUGUGGAGCCCCAGGAGCAGGGGGAAUGUUCCUGGGGUGACUCCAGGGACUCCUCGUGUGCCACAAAACGCUCCAGAGCCUUUGGAAAUGUUUGGCUGUGGAGAGAGGAGUUUGUUGGGAUACAAAUAUUACAUUUUACGUAGAAUGUUUUAUUUUUGCCUACAGUAAUUUAAGCAGAACUCAAGGUCUUAAAGCUGGUUUUAAGAGAGACUUUGCAGUGCAGAUUUCUUUGAUGCUCCUGGAAAACUCUCAUCUUCCUGAAGGGCUGUUUUGGGUGGAAGUUCUGGAUUCUGAAGGACAAUUGGCAAAACAAAGCAGCAGCGUGGGAACUUCCUUCCCCCCUGAGCUGUGCUGGUUUUUACUGGUCCUUUCUGGGCUCCUCAGCACUGAGGGGGUGGGUGGUUGGUUGGUUUCCUUGCAGACUGUGAAUUUUGGGUGUUUUUAAAUAAAAAUGGACACUGGCA